AUGGCUUACGCAACUCCCAGAAGACCUUCUGCUAUCCCUGAACUCGCCUCGCCAUCUCCCUCUUUCUCCCGACGCGUCUCGACCGCUUCAUCGCUCGGAGGAGGAGGACAGAGCGGGAGCCCUUCGCUCGGGUCUGGGUCGGAGAGGAAGCGAAGGACGAGGCUGCGAGAUUACUACGGGCUCAGCACGCCGCGGCCAGGGGAUGGAAUGGACCUUGACUCUCCCGCUUCUUUCGACGCGAACAACUACUUCCAAACACUGGCGUCGACCGCAUCACUUCCGGAGCUGCUCAAGCGGGAGACGGACCUGAUCAAUGGCGAAUUGCUCGCCCAUUUCUUGCUUUCGAUCUGCUCCCUGGUGUACAAUCACCAUGGCGAGCUGAUCUCGGCUAGCGACACUAUUCGCAAGAUGAAGAGCCGCGCCGAGGCCCUCGAUACCUCUCUCGACUCGCUCAAGUCGUCCUUCCAGACGAUCGCCCAGCUUUCCGCCUCGCUUGCCCCGACUACCGCAUCAUCCGCCUCCGCCAAGCCGCCCUCAUCUGCCCCUACGUACCCUCGAUCACCAACAGAACCCCCUCAUACGCCUCGCUCCAGCCGAAGACUCGCAGCUCUCCCCGAAUCGCCCGACUCGCCAACCACGCCAACUCAGUCGCGCGCACGCUCCGCCUCACAGCCUCCGCCGCCCGAAGCAAUCCGACCAUUCUCGGGCGAAAAGGCCAAGGCGACAGUCUUUGGGGGAGCGCCGGGCUGA